GGGGUCUUAAGGGGCGGCCAGCCCAGGUCGGACUUCCUUGGAGCCUGGCGGUCAGCGACGAACACACCUUCGACUCCAGCUCUCUGCCCUGCUCCGCGCCUUCCGGAGCCCCGGACCCGAGCACCAUGUGGAAACGCUGGCUGGCGCUAGCACUGGUGGCCGUCGCCCUGGUCCACGGAGAGGAAGAACCAAGGAGCAAAUCCAAGAUCUGCGCCAAUGUGUUCUGUGGAGCUGGCCGGGAGUGUGCAGUCACAGAGAAGGGGGAGCCCACGUGCCUCUGCAUUGAGCAAUGCAAACCUCACAAGAGGCCUGUGUGCGGCAGUAAUGGCAAGACCUACCUCAACCACUGUGAACUUCACAGAGACGCCUGCCUCACUGGAUCCAAGAUCCAGGUGGAUUAUGAUGGACACUGCAAAGAAAAGAAGUCUGUGAGUCCCUCUGCCAGCCCAAUUGUCUGCUAUCAAGCUAACCGCGAUGAGCUCCGGCGUCGCAUCAUCCAAUGGCUGGAGGCUGAGAUCAUUCCAGAUGGCUGGUUCUCGAAAGGCAGCAACUACAGUGAGAUCCUGGACAAGUACUUUAAGAACUUUGAUAACGGUGACUCUCGCCUGGACUCCAGCGAAUUCCUGAAAUUCGUGGAGCAGAAUGAAACAGCCAUCAACAUCACCACUUAUGCUGAUCAGGAGAAUAACAAGCUGCUCAGAGGACUCUGCGUCGAUGCUCUCAUUGAGCUGUCUGAUGAGGACGCUGACUGGAAACUCAACUUCCAGGAGUUCCUCAAGUGCCUCAACCCGUCCUUCAACCCUCCUGAGAAGAAGUGUGCCCUUGAGGAUGAAACCUACGCAGACGGAGCUGAGACCGAGGUAGACUGUAACCGCUGUGUCUGCUCCUGUGGACACUGGGUCUGCACCGCAAUGACCUGCGAUGGAAAGAAUCAGAAGGGGACCCAGACCCAGACAGAGGAGCAGAAGACCAGAUAUGUCCAGGAAAUCCAGAAGCACCAGGAAACAGCUGAAAAGACCAAGAAGGUAAACACCAAAGAAAUCUAACAAGAAGCACACAGCGCCGUGUCUGGAGCCCAGCGCCUCCUCUUCAGCGCUGAGUCCGGUACAUACGAGCGUCUGCUGAGAUCACCAAACCACCAGUAUUUGCUUGUCUGGCAAUGAAUAUUAUUUCGUUUGUUUUGCAAUGAAGGAAAUGAGGGUGCUUGCUAGUGAGGGAAGGCCAUGACCUUCAUUUCUAGGAGUGCUUGAAGAGAAACUAAAGGGGGCUGUGGGGCCGGAGGCGAGUAAGGCAACUGCAUCAGACUGGCAGAGGAGCAGGCGCGGGUCUGAAGGAACCCUUCCUGGGGUCACAGCAGCUGAGCGGAGGCCACAGGGAAAGCAUGUGAUGUUGUGGGGAGGACUGAGCUGGCUCUGCUGGAGGAAGGGAGGAGCCUUGCUGCCCCGACCCUGUCACCACUGUCGCAUGCAGCAUGUCUUCUGCCCCUCUUGGUCCCAACAAUCACCUGAAUACACAGCCACCCCACUAGUUACCUGUGCCCCUCAGAUUUGGAUGGAGUUUCCAGGAGGUUGUGUUUAAAUGAUGCAGAUACUUAGUGUACUUCAAGCGCCAUGGAGACCUAACCAAAAUUUUAAAAUACAUUUUUUUUUACCAAAGGUGCUAUUUCUCUGUAAAAGACUUUUUUUUUU